CUCAACAGCGCUGUGUUGGAAUGCGUCGAGGCUCGCACUUCCCUGAACAAGUUGAGCAGAAAAACUUAGUUUUGAGAGAGUCAAAAACUUGGAAAAAGCUUCACGAAAACAUCGACGGACGUCGAAAGAACGCCGAGGCUGAUCAAGAUGGCCUCUAAUGCAGUGUUUAAUCUCUGCACGAACGUCUUCGUGACGCCUGGAGAUUCUUCACUUCCCGAAGAACAUGAACCUGCUACAGAGCUUCCCGCGCUGCAGCUUGUGAUGCUGGCCAACGUGGCCCUAAACACGGAGUCACCACCGGAGGAGGAGAAGCAGAUAACGGAACUGAAAAACGUCGGAUGCUGUGGUUACUCGGACAGCGAGGAUGAGAACGUGGUCCACUACAGCUACAACGAGACGACCGAAAACGUUGACGAAGGCACCGGAAUGGGAGAAAAUAGAGUGGAAAAGGUCAUCGAAACUACAGAGGCGGUGCCAACCGACCUUUCGAAGAAAUCCACUGAAACAGAAGCUCCCGCAAAGGAUAAAGACGGCAGCGUGUCUGAGCCGAACGCAGCGUUCAAACCUGCAAAGAAAAAGAAGAAACCGUUCUACUGCAAGCCGUGCCACUUUCAAGCCGACUGCGAAGAGGAAUUCGUCCAGCACAUCCGCGUCCACAGCGCUAAGAAACUGAUAGCGGAAAAGACGGGCAGUGGAAAUUCGGAUGACGAGUCGAGUCCGACGCAGCAAAAGUCUGCGGAAAACUGCGCCAAGGGCGUGAUCUGCUGCGAGCGCUGCGGCUACAACACCAACCGUUACGAUCACUACGUUGCACACCUGCGACACCACAAGAACGAAGGGGACGAGCAGCGGGUGUUCAGGUGCACCAUCUGCCCCUACUCCACCGUCAGUCAGUAUCACUGGAAGAAGCACCUGAGGAACCACUUUCCCAGCAAGCUGUUCACGUGCAACCAGUGCAGCUACUUCUCUGACAGGAAGAACAACUACAUCCAGCACAUUCGCACACACACCGGUGAGCGUCCUUUCCAGUGUGUUUACUGUGAAUAUUCGAGCUCUCAGAAGACCCAUCUCACACGGCACUUAAGAACACACUCUGGUGAGAGACCAUUUAAAUGUGACAGCUGCAGCUAUCUGGCAGCCAAUCAACACGAGGUGACUCGUCACGCCAGGCAGGUGCAUAACGGACCUAAGCCGCUCAACUGCCCCUACUGCCAGUACAAAACAGCCGACCGGAGCAACUUUAAAAAGCACGUGGAGCUGCACAUCAACCCACGGCAGUUCCUUUGCCCCGUCUGCAAGUACGCUGCUUCGAAGAAAUGCAACCUGCAGUACCACAUCAAGUCCAGGCACCCAGGAUGCUCAGAUAUCUCCAUGGACGUGUCCAAGGUCAGACUGAGGGUGAAGAAAGCAGACGGCGAUGACUUGAAGCAGACCGCAGAACCAAGGACGAGAUGUAGACGAAAAGCAGAGGUAUCCGAGGACACGGAUUCAAACGCAGGCCCCAUCAACCUCUCUAUCAAAAAGAACGGAAAAACUAAUCCGGAUGGUGAGAGUGCUAGAAAACUUGCAUCUGAAACCACAAAAGACAAAACGUGUGAGAGGAAAGCAGAGAAAAGAUCUGCAUCAAGAAAUGAGGGGAAAGAACCAAGCAGCAAGAAAGCGAGAAUCAAAGAAACGGUCCACUGUGUCGAGAAACAGGACGGAAAGAAAGACAAGGAGAUGAAAAAAGCUGAGAAGGCUGCCAAAUCUACAGACAAAGUCACUAGAGGUUGUGCUAAAAAAGAAGAAAAGGCAGCAAAGGAAAAGAAAGAGACGCUUGCCAAAAACCAGGAUGGUUCUAAGGAGGAAAACAGAGCAGAUCUCGAGAAGAGACAACAGACUCCAAGGAUAGAGAAAGAAAUGAGAUCAAAGGAACAGAAGCAGAAAGAGGAGGAGGAGAGAAAGGAAAGAAAGAGGCAGGAGGAUGAAAGGCUGGAGAAAGCAAAGAAGGAGAAGCAGAGGGACGAGGAGGAAAAGAGAAAAAGAGAGAGACAAGAGAAAGAAAGACUUGAGAAAGAACUGAAACAAAAGGAGCAGGAGGAAAGAAGAGAACGAGAGAAGGUGGAGAAAGAAAUGAGGGAGAAGGAAAAAAAGGAGGAGGAGGAACAAAAAGAGAGAGAGAGGCUAGAGAGGGAAUUGAGAGCAAAGGAAUUAAAGGAAAGGGGAGAAAGGGAAAAAGUGGAGAGAGAAAUGAGAGAAAAGGAGCUGAAGCAGAAGAUGGAGGAGGAAAAACAGAGAGAAAGAGAAAGGCUGGAAAAGGUUGAACAGAAGAGAGGGGUAAAAAAUGUUAAAGGUUCGAAAACAGCAUCAGGCAGGAAAGCAGCCAAAAAACAGACUGGAACGGUGAAUCUUGACGGAACGGUGGUGGAGAAGUCUCCAAGUCAAGAGGAGCCCGAGACCAAAAUACAAAAACGCAAAAAAGCAGAGUGCGCACGCUCUCCUCAGGCAGAGAAGGCAAAACGCCGUAAAGUGGAGGUUGCACAGAGCCCGAGCACUCCUGGAAAGAUGAACUCGUCGAAGGGCAACAGUCGGCGAAGCGAAAAGAGAAACAAGGUGGCGGGUAGUGUUGAGGUCCCAAGCACAUGUACGGAGCCCGAUGCUCUGAAACAUCCACCCGAGCCUGAAAAAGUGCAGUCCAGCCCAGGACAGGGUCCAGUCUCAAAAGACAAGGUGUCUCGCACUUCCAAGAAGCUUAACGUAAACAAAAAUCUAUCAGAGAAGCCUUCUUCAGUACACAAAGCAACAAAACUGAAGGCCACUACUGAUGAAAAGGCUCCUGCAGAAGCACGGACAGCUUCAGAUAUUGAUAGUGGAACAGAUAGUCCGACUCUGGACCUGUCGAAACCACCAUGUAGCAAAUCUCAAUACGGUGAAGACGACGAGGGCAUCCACAGCCACGACGGAGGUAGCGAUAUCAGUGAUUGUGCCUCGGAGGUAAGCUACGACUCUGGGCUCAACGGGAAGCUUCCAGAAACGCCGACGGAAGAGCUGCCUUCUCCCACACAGCUGCUCAGCCACACGUGCGUGUUCUGUGACCGCACUUUCCCGCUGGAGAUGGACUACAGACGGCAUCUUAAUCGUCAUCUGGUUAACGUCUAUUACCUGGACACUGCAACACAGGGGAACAAGUAGACUUCAUUUGUCUGGUCUUUGUAGUGAACAAAUUCAAGGUAGCUGAGCUUGGACUGUCAUUUAAAAUGUGAGGUGACUCUAGUCACCAUGACUUAAGGCCUUAGUGCAGGAAUGGCGGUUGGACAAUUUAGCAUACACCACGGUUAGGAGGCUCUCUCUUUCAUUUACCAUCUAAUCAUUUGGAAAUUUUAACAUUCAUUUAGCCUAGCAAAAAAAAUUUGCACAAAACUUUUUUUUUUUUUUUAAGAUAGAUAACUGAGGCCUGUUGUUAGCACUCAUGAAGAAGAAAGCAGCCUAGCUGUACAAAAAAAUAAAAAAUCACUAGCUUUAUUUUAAGGAUAGCUGUCUCGUUUGGUUGCCUUUUUUUGACAAAUGUGAAGGGUGGGGGGAGAAAGUUCCCGAGUAUUCCUCUCAGAAGGUAUUCACAUAAUUCCAGUUAUCAGACGAAAGUUCUGUGAACAUUCUCAGAACUGCUACAUUAAAUAGUCACGAUAAUAUUGCAAACUGUAAUAUCAGAACAUGCCUGACAAUUAGCAUCUUCUGUAAAUUUAUGGGAACUAAUCACGAUGCAAUAUGUAAUAAGAAACAAACAUUACUUUAUACAUUGUCUUAGCUUUUCUACUUUGUAUUCUCCGAGCACUCAAGUGGAGAGAAACUGUUUUUUU